AUGUCUAUACCCUUCGACAUAUUUACAUUCCCGUGUUCAACUACCGCACGCGUCUCAUUCUUAGAGGCGGCUGGGGAAGAUCAAGAGCCGAACGAGAGGAACGAUGCUCUGGCUGAUGGCACCAACACUCAGCCUGAUGGCAGGAACCCUUGGCAGGCGCUUAUGAAAUUGCGCGCUCUGAUCAGUCGCAGCAUCGCUUCAAGUUCGUUCUGGCUUCGCCUAGGUCGGAAUCGUUUUUGGAUGUGA